UCUGCCUCCCCCUCCUCCCCUUCUCUUCCUCUCUCCCUUUCUCUAUCUCUUUCUCUUGCACCACCUGUUAGUGCAGAACCCUGUGCUUUGGAAUUCACUUGUUUAUGAGGGAGUCUUUCACACUCACACAAUCAGAGCUCUAUGACGGUGCGUAAGGGAAAAAAGCUCACCAUCUCCAUCCAGGAACACAUGGCCAUAGACGUCUGUCCUGGCCCCAUCCGACCAAUUAGACAGAUCUCUGCCUAUUUCCCCCGACUCUCCCCAACCGCUGAGCCUGUGUCUUCUAACCCUGCUGCCUCUCCAUUGUCUCUCAGUCCAGGAGGUGGAGCCUCUGGGGUAACGAGUGGAGGUCUCUUGUCCCCUCUGCAGGCAGGGGCAAGAGGAGGGGGUGGGACUCUGUCAGCAACCAGCAGCAUUGAGACAUCAGUGGACAUCUGCAGUUCAGACAGCGAUGAUUGCACGGCACUGGGGACGUUAGAGUUUGAACUGAGGUAUGAGAGAGCGACAAGUUCACUCCACUGUACCAUUAUCAGAGCCAAGGGUCUGAAACCUAUGGAUUUCAAUGGCCUGUCAGAUCCUUAUGUUAAACUUCACCUUCUCCCAGGAGCAUGCAAGGCUAAUAAACUCAAAACCAAAACAGUACGCAAUUCACUAAAUCCAGUUUGGAAUGAGACUCUGACUUAUAUUGGUAUCACAGAAGAGGAUAUGCACAGAAAAACCCUGAGGUUAUCAGUAUGCGAUGAGGAUAAACUGACUCAUAAUGAGUUCAUUGGGGAGUCUCGUGUGGCCCUAAGACGUGUGAAACCAGACCAGACGAAACAUUUCUACACGUGUUUAGAACAUCCACCGCCUCUUCCCUCUCCUACAGCCAUGGGGGCAGCCCUGCGAGGGAUUUCCUGUUACUUAAGAGAGUGGGAGAAUGAACAGCUGACCAGUUUGGAAGAAAGAGGUCGCCUGUUGCUUUCACUGCAGUUUCAGCCCCCGCCUGUAGAGGGAGAAGGAGCGGUCCGGCGAGGGGGCUUGUGUGUCGGAGUGCAGCGCUGUGCCCAUCUGGCCGCCAUGGAUGUGAACGGUUUCUCAGAUCCCUAUGUCAAAAUAUAUCUGAAGCCAGAUGUGAAGAAGAAAUCCAAACACAAAACCGCAGUGAUUAAAAAGACCCUUAACCCGGAAUUCAAUGAGGAGUUUUUCUAUGAGAUCUCUCUAUCUGAACUGGUUCAUAAGACACUGGAGGUGACAGUAUGGGACUAUGAUCUGGGACGGUCUAACGAUUUCAUAGGUGGUGUGUGCCUGAACUGUCAUGUUCAAGGAGAUGCUCUUCGGCAUUGGAUGGAUUGCCUAAGGAACAAAGGUCAGAGGGUGGAGCGAUGGCACAUUCUGACCAAUGAGCUGCCUCAAACCACCUGCCAUGAUUGAGGAAGUAGCCAACCAGGAAUGAAGAAAUCAGUCAGUUAUCGAUGUGAAUGCUGAGAGGUGGACAUGAGGAUAAAUAAACAAGCUAAGUGGUCUAACUAGAGGCCAAGAUGUUGUUGGAAGUAAAUUACACUCUUUACGCUGUUUCAAGGGAGGAUGGAGGAUGGGCCACCAGUCAUCGAUUGACUUGGUGUCACUCAAAGGGACUCACUGCCCCUUUCACCUGCUUCCCUUUCUCGCUCAUUGCUGCACGUUUCUACAUAUUUUGUAACAUGUCAAAGUGAAUUUUACUCUUAUGAAAUCUUGUGUAGCACACCUCUCUUUUUUGACUGACAGAAUACAAUGUAUAUUCAAUGUUAAGUGCUUUCAUAAUGCUUGCAGACAGCACUAAGAUGCAUCUUGAGAAAAACAUGGGGGUGCAUGUAAACUGCCUGCUGUAAACUCAUCAAAAUAAUAUAGACACAUGGUAUCAUCAUGACAACAAUGGAAUGUACUUAAAGAACAAUACUCAUCGUAGUGUCAGUCAUAUUUGAAUUAAAUACACUUACAUGAGCAGCAGUUUUAUGUGUACUAUUGAAAAUAUAUUAUCCAUUUUGUAGCAUGAGUCAAUGUUUACAUUUUUUACUUUGCAAUUGUGUUUUCAAAGGUCUCAAAUUUGCCAGUUUUCAAUUUCCAGUUGCUACUUUUGUUUAAAAGAGGGUUUUAUGGAUGUGCUACAAUUUGAUAUCACAUACAUUAAUUAAUUGAUAUAUUUUUGGAAUCUAAUAUUUCUAUGUUCUGUAUAGGACUUUAUGGAGUGUCUCUGCAUGCUUAUGCGUGUAUUGUACAAAAACAAGUGUUGUAUUACUGAGGGUUUGUGGUUCACAUUUAUAUGAAGUGGUUCUGUACAAUUUGGAAAUACAUUUGAAAUGCAUUGCUCUU